UGCCGCGGACGCAGCAGCGAGCCGGGCGCGCCUCGGCCUUUCCUGGGGCGGCGGGGGGGCGGGAAAGUGGGGGGCGCCGUCACCGUCGCCAAACCUCCCCAGUCGGGCACCCGGACGCUCCCCCUCGUCCAGGAAGCGUGUGGUGUCAGCAAUGCCUCCUCCGCAGGGUGACGUGACUGCCUUGUUCCUGGGGCCUCCAGGCUCGGGAAAGUCUGCACUGAUCUCGGCGUUGUGCGACAAGAACGUGCAGACCGUAGAGAUCCCCGAGAGACAGCCGGAAUCCGGGGUCCCUAGCCUGAAAGCUGCGGGACCUGGACUCUUCCUCGGCGAGCUGAGCUGUCCGCCCGCGGCUCCAGGGCCCUGGGCGGCCGAGGCCAAUGUGCUGGUAUUGGUGCUGCCGGGACCUGAAGAGAAUGGGGAGCCCUUAGCGCCAGCCCUGGGCGAGGCAGCGCGGGCUGCCCUGGCUCGAGGGACCCCGUUAUUGGCUGUGCGGAAUCUACGUCCUGGCGAUUCACAGAACGAUGCCCAGGCUCGAGAUCAGACAGCGGCCUUGCUGGACGGCGCGGGGUUAGGAGCAGCUUCUCUUUUCGUGUUGCCGGUGGACUAUGGCAGCGGCGACCACUGCGAGGAGCUAGAGCGCCUGAGGGUGGCGCUGCGGAGCCAGGCCGAGGCUCUGCAGAGGCUCCUGCCACCGGCCCAGGAUGGUUUUGAGGUGCUUGGUGCUGCAGAAUUGGAGGCCGUGCGUGAGGCCUUUGAGACCGGUGGCUUGGAAGCUGCACUGUCGUGGGUGCGCGCUGGCCUGGAGCGCCUGGGAAGUGCCCGGCUGGACCUGGCAGUGGCUGGUACCUCCAACAUAGGCCUUGUGCUGAACGAACUGCUCGGGUUGGAUCCUGGGGACCCAGGAGCUGUGCCUGCCUCGAUGCCCACGGUGCCCACUGCCUUCCCAGCCCCGGAGCGCCCCAAUGUGGUGCUGUGGGCCAUCCCUCUGGACCCCACAGGGGUGACGACCACCCCUCACCCAACCCAGUACAAUGCUCUCAUCCUCGUCACCCUAGGGGCCCCCACGGACAAGGACUGGGCCCAGGCCCGUGGGUUGGUGUCGCCUGACGCACCGCUGGUGGCCGUGCGAACCGAUGGCCAGGGCGAGGAUCCUCCGGAGGCACGGGUGGACGAGGCAACGUUGGAGAAGCGCAGUGGUGGUGACGGCGGGCACUUGGGGAGCUCGGGCGAGAGGCGGGUGGAGGACCCCGGCGCCAGGUCGCCAGGUUUGGAGGCGGGUGGCGGUGAUCGUGCACUGGUGGGGGAUCUCCGGAUGGCCGGCGGCGCAGAUCCUGGGCGCUUGGGGCCUUGUAGCCCUGAGGACGAGACGUGGGAGGUGCUGGAGGCGGCGCCGCCGCCUGUCUUCCCACUGCGGCCCGGGCUCCCGGCGCUGGGCGCCUGGCUGCGGCGCGCGCUGCCCGCGGCGCAGGCGGGGGCGCUGCUGCUAGCGCUGCCCCCCGCGUCCCCGGGCGCCGCACGGAGCAAGGCGGCAGCACUGCGGGCCGGGGCCUGGAGACCCGCGCUGCUGGCCAGCCUGGCGGCGGCGGCGGCCCCAGUACCGGGGCUGGGCUGGGCAUGCGACGUGGCGCUGCUCCGGGGUCAGCUGGCGGAGUGGCGGCGCGCGCUGGGGCUCGAACCCGGGGUGCUGGCGCGGCGGGAGCGGGCCCUGGGCCUGGCACCAGGGGCGCUGGCGGCGCGCGCGCGCUUCCCGGGCCCGGUGACGCGCGCCGAGGUGGAGGCCCGGCUGGGCGCCUGGGCCGGCGAGGGCACGGCUGGGGGCGCGGCGCUGGGCGCCCUCUCCUUCCUGUGGCCUGCGGGGGGCGCCGCCGCCACCGGGGGCCUCGGCUACCGCGCGGCGCACGGGGUCCUGCUGCAGGCCCUGGAGGAGAUGCAGGCAGACGCCGAGGCCGUGCUGGCGCCCCCGGAGUCUGCCCAGUGAAGGGCCCAGCAUCUCCGUUAGAAGUGGGGUGGGGGGCUUGGAAA